AUGCCAAAAUGGCUUGGCAGGUUGGGGCCGGGCAGACGAGGCGGUGAUCUGAUUAAAUGGCCACAGCUCAAGCAGUACCAGUUUUGUCGACCCUUUGAUAAAUGCAUCUCUCUCGAUGAGGUGUGCCCGGGUCGGCUGUCCUCUUUAAAUGAAUUGGGAUACAAUCCCCCCUUUGCGGUACAUCACUUCAGGCUGCAUUGGCAAAUGUGUCGUCGCAAUGUGUCUCAAUCCUCAUUCUGGUCCGACAACAUAAACAUUGAUACUCGAGAGAGAAUUGUAGUUUUUUGGCCAUGA